AUAUGUGUAUAAAAUAGCUAGUUAACUGUAAAAUUUCGUUGGCAGUUGGCAUUUUGCAAUGGAAGACGUGCUUGGCACACCUCUUGCACACCCGAUCGCAGCAAACAAAAUGGGAUAUUUGAAAGUUCUAAAAUGGCAAUUUCUGCCAGCAAUCAUUUGUUUCAAUCUCGCUUAUUUAAUUUCUUACGUUUUCCCACUCUGGUGUCUUGCUUUGGUCUUGACUGGAUUCGCCCAAAUGUUUUACGGCUACUACAAUUCCAUUUCCAUCAAACCUAAAGGUCGAGCUGUUCUCAUCACCGGAUGUGACUCGGGCUUCGGCCAUCAACUGGCCGAAAAAUUGCACUCCAUGGACUUCACCGUCUUUGCCUGUUGUUUGAACGAGAAGAGCUACGGAGCUCUGGGUCUGCAAAGCAUUGGUAAUGAGACUGGACGACUGCACGUAAUCGAAAUGGACGUCACUAACCAAGAAGAUGUCGAUCGAGCUCGCGCAUACGUGGAAAGGCAUUUGCCCAAGUUGGGCCUGUGGGGUGUGGUCAACAAUGCGGGUCGCUACAUAGUUGGAUUUUUAGAAUGGCUUCCCAUAGAAGAUUACAAAGCGGUCGCCUCCGUCAACUUGUUUGGCACAAUCCGUGUGACAAAAGCAUUCUUGCCACUCAUCCGCAAGAGCCAAGGGCGCAUAGUGAACGUCUCCUCCGUUCUGGGCCGGGUUGCCGAUCCGUUCCUGGGUGCUUACAGUAUCACCAAAUUUGCACUGGAAGCAUUCUCGGACAUUCUUCGUUUCGAGAUGAUCCCGUUUAAAGUUAAAGUCAGUAUGAUUGAGCCUGGAAAUUUCUUGGCCGCCACCAAUGUCAUCUCCGGAAAAGAAGGCUUGAAUGCCAUGGCCAAUGAAACGUGGGAUCGACUGGACGAGUCGGUUAAAAAGGACUACGGAAAAACGAAUUUCGAUAGACAGCUUCGGAUUGGUGAAAUACUUAUGAAGUUUUCGGAGAGGGACAGCGGCUCGGUAAUAACUGCCAUGACGGACGCCCUUUACCGAGAACAUCCGAAGAACCGCUAUUUGGAAGCUACUCUCUUGGACAAAUUUAUGACCUAUUCCAUUCAGUUUUUGCCCACCACUUUGACUGACCGUUUGAGACUCUCAUUCCAGUCACAGUUAAUUAACCUGUACCGCUAAAUCCCGACUCGUUUAUGUUUCGAUCCGUUUUACCGUUUGGUAAUUUCCCGUUUUAAUGUUUAUGAUGAAAUCUGGCUAGAAAGAAAAAAAAAAUAUCUUACAGCAUAGGCUCAAAUAAAAAUGUGAUAC